AUGACCGAAACCUUUCUACUGGGACUGAUUCUCUCGAUCAUCUCUACUGCCUAUGCAAAAGGAGGCGGCAAGGGUUCUAGUUCUAGCGGAAAGAGCUCAAGCUCUAACUCGAAAUCCGGCCCUCAAUCUGCAAGUGGAGGAAGUGGGUCGAAUGUGAUCGUCUACUCGAGCGGCUUCAGCACCAGAUGCGUAGAUAGCUUGACAUCUCAGACUGUUUCGUGUCCACCGAAUGUCAGAGCUGCAGCGACGCGUAGAAGAACGAUACUUACAGUGAUCGUGUUCUUCAGCGUGGUUGGAGGAUUUCUGGUUAUAAUUGCAACCAUCUGUCUUUGGAAGCGAUAUCGAAUCCGACGGACACCGACGAAGCAGCCAACCCUCCUACCAAUUGAGCCAACUCCUGAGCAGAAGAACUACCAGCAGUUAGUUGACCAGCCGAGUGGCAAUGCUACGAGGGUUGACAAAGGUCGACCAAUUGCAGAUGAACCGGUGACGACUGAUACGAACGAAGCGGCCAUUCAUGUAGCAGUCAGUAGCAUAGAAUUCCGAGUGCCAGUGUACUUCGAUGAUAGAAGUUGGAGAGACUUGCCUUCAAUGCCCUUCCUCAACUUCAGCGUGCCCACGCCGUCGUCUCUCCCUCUGUGGAGAAUGUUUAAGACGGACAUCCCUAUGGGCAACAACGACGUUCCAGCCAUCGAAGCGCGUUCGGCCCAAUUCUUCAACAACGGCUACGCUACGGUGUCUUCCCAGUUGGCAGCAGAUGCCAACGGUUACUUCUUGCUCGCCGUCUCGCUGCACAUCCUGCAGGCGCGCCUGGAUUACGUUGCAGAUACCACUGAAGCGGCUUCGAACUUCUUCGUUUGA